CAGAAUAUUAGGAUUUAAACAAAAUGUUUGAUCAGUUGAAUAAUUUUCUUGGUUGGAGGACAACAGAUGGAUUGAAAGAAGAUUUCAUCCUUCUUAAAGAUGGAGGACCCAGUUUUAUUGAAGCUCCUUUUCUUCUUCAUCAUUUCAUCUCUUUCUACUUAAGAUCCGGACACAAAGUAGUUCUCACUUCUUUGGAGCAAACCCCUCCUCACUAUGUUGUCUCCGGAUCAAAAAUCGGAUGCAACUUGGAAAGAGAGAUCUCUGAAAGGAAUCUGGAGGUUGUGGACCUUUUGGGAUCCAGUUUGAAUGAAUAUUUAUCUUUAAAUGAAGAUAAAUCGAAUUCUUCUUCUACUUUAAAAGACCUAUAUCAAAAAUUACAGAAAAUGACUUGGAAAGUUUUAAUCAUCGAUGAUGUUUCAUUGUUAUUGAGUCUUGGUCACAAUGAGAAUGAUGUCAUCAACUUCCUGCAUUAUUUGCAUGUGUUGAGUAGGAAGAAGGGAGGUUGUUUAAUCACAUUGUUACAUCACACUGUUGACUAUGACUUGGCGUUAUACAGGAAAUGUGAGCGACUCGCUAGUUUAACAAUAGAAGUUCAAGCACUUGGGACAGGAUUUUCAAAGGAUGUUCACGGAAAUUUGUGUGCAGUUAAACGUAAUGUUUUGAACAAUGCUUCUGUUCAGCGAAAAACAUCAAAGCAAUUUAAAUUAACUGAUCGUACGUUGCACAUAUUUGCUGCAGGAACUUCUAGUGCUGUAUUAUAGAAACUAAAUUGUACCUUAUACAUUUUGUAGGCAUAUAAGAUCAUGUUAAAACUUGGGCCACUAGCAUGCCUUGCUGUAGAACCUCACCCAUAUAGAAUAGAAUAUGGUGUCUUAGGACUCUUGAAUUGUUUCAUUUUGAGACCAACAGUAAUAAAAAGUCCAUGUAUUUGGUUUAAGCAAUUAGCCUAUAAAAUAAGUAGUACAAAUUCUGUUAUAUUGUUUCUGUUAAUGUUAUCAUUUAACUAAAUAUGAAGUCUUUUCCUACAGA